CUGACAGACAGUCCAGUUUAUAUAAAACUGGCAACGUGAAUCACCAGUAUGCAAACUAUGCAGAUAAAAUGUUUCGAUUCAUGAUUUUAGUGGCAUCUUCUUUAGAGUUGUCAGCGGCCUUUCAGUUCACGGACUGCUCCUCUGACCCGAGUUAUGCAGCCUUGACAGUGCACCAACUGGACCUUUCUCCGUUUCUAAUCACAUUUCCGGGAGAUCUGCACAUGACAUUGAAUUUAACAAUUAACAAACCGAUCAACAUUCUGUUCGUGGACUCUGAAUUAGAGAAAAAUACACUCGGAAUUUGGACAAAAGUACCGUGCUUUGUAAACUUCGGCUCAUGUCAAAACGUUGAUUUCUGUACGAUUCUGGACAAAAUUCAAAAUGGAUCUUCGGUAUUAUCAAAGGAGUUCGGAGAGCAAAUUGGUGUAAUGCUGCUAUCAGGACUAGGACCCAGAGUACGUUGUCCCAUCCAGCCUGAGAAUCUAUAUAUAAAUGAUUAUAUAAUCCGACUUCAGCCACUUUCGGUUCAUUUGUCUUUGAUAUUGAAAGGCAACUAUAGGAUCCGGAUAUCAGUGAAAGACGAUCCUACCGUCCGAGACAACAUUGGCUGUAUAAAGUUCCAAGCGAAGAUGGGAGUACCCACACCAGGUGUUGGCUAAAGCGUAUUCAUUGCAACUGAAACAGUGACCAAUACUCUUGUAGCAUUCAAAUUUGUUUAGAUUUUGAUCAGUUAGUACAUAUAAUACAUAACUUGCUUAUUGAACCGGGCCAAACUAAAACAUAUUGGCCUUUGUUCAUGUCGUGAGUUUCCUGCACAUUUUCUGUUUGCAACAUUGUCAUAUAUUUUGAAUACUGUGUGCUGUUUGAUUAAAUGAUAAGCUACAACUUUACAAUUUAAUUUACAGUCUUGUUUAAUCUAUCAGACUUAGCUUUCAAUAUUAUCUAGGAUAACAUGUUUUUUUCGUGAAGAAUCUAUGUUGGAUUCAUUUGGUCAUCAUACGAGUAAUAAUAUAAUAAAACUAUGAUAAAGUUGUUUAA